GAUAAUUGUAGAGGAUCGACACCCAAAAUAGACUGAUUAACUUGUUCCUUGUUGACAUCAAAGAAUUGCUUGUAUUUUCUUUUGUAGUUCUUUGUCCUGAUAAAUUUUUCAACCAGACAAAAAACGCUCUUCAACAAUUUAUCAUGCCCCUUGCCCUUAUGCAGGAAGAGAUAAAGAUAAUAAAUAUCAAGGUUUUUGUGAACCCAUACACGGAGCCUGAUGAGGAUGAAGAGAAAGAAGAAAAGGAGGCGGCGGCGGCGGCUGUCGAAGAUGAUGAUAACAAGGUGGGUUCCUGGUUUAGCAAUCCAGCUACAGCAGCAGCUGGGAAUGGAGCUGUGAAUGGUGGAGUGGGAAAGUAUCUUAAAUCAAGGAACAAUGCAUCUGAGGCUGCAGAAGGCAGCAAUAAAGGUCCUGAUCCCUCUAUCAAAAAGAGAAAAGUAGAAGCAUCAAGUGUAGAAUACAAGAAUUUUUCAAGCUGGUGAAAGAAUGGUAAUAUAUAUCUAUCAGGACUGGAAGAACAUCUUAUUAUGGACUUCAAUCCUGUUAGUACAUUCUCUCUGAACAAUAAUGGCAAGAAAUCCCAGAAUUAGACAAGACUAGCCACACAAUUUGAGGAUAGCUUCUUAUAUUUUAAUGGGAUGAUAGUUUCAUACAAGAAAGUUGAAAGCAGUGGAGAGUAUUAGGCUUCGUUUGAUUUUCGCCGAUGUUUUUUUCAUUCUUAAAUGGAGGUAUUAUAACGGAGAAGCAGAAUUUUUUUUCUCAAAUCAGGGAAAAUUCGGAGUUAUUCCCAAAGGUGUUUUGAAAAAGUAGCGUAAACAAACAUUAAAAUACUAACUUUUCACCGGUUGAAAUCGUAAACGGAAAAAUUUACGGACAAUCAAACUAGGCCUUAGUCUAUGGGCUUUGUUGGCCACUUCAUCUUGGUCUCCAAUCUUGGUUGCUUCUCGCAGCAACAAGAACACUAAUCUUGUGAAAUGCACUUGCAUUUGAAUGCUGACAAGGUCCCCUCAGGAAGGGUUGAGGUAGGAUUCAUUGGACACAUGGUGCCCCUUUAAAAUCUCAACUGGCUCGGGUCAUUUUUGUCAUUUCUCUUAAUAGAUGUGUUGGUUAUAGGGGGUGUGAAUGAGUCUAGAUGAUUCGUUAGUCUGUUCGAACUCGACUCGAUAAUGAGCUCGUGAGCCGAAUUUAUCGAACUUCAAGCUUGUAUACUAGAUAAUCCAAUAUGAACAAAUGUAUUUUAAUAUUUUUGAACUUUUA